CAGUCAGUCUGUAACUUCAGUCAAUGAUAUUGAAUUCGCAGCUAAGUUUCGAUUGAACGAAUUUUGAAGGUUACUACAAAUACCGACUUUACUUUCACUUUCAUGUUCAAAAUCAAAUCGAAAUCCAGUUUUCUAGUACAACGUCGUGGCAGUGUAUUCUUACAUACAAAACAAGAAUAAAGUUAACAUUGGCAUACUUAGUUUCUGUAAACCAAUGAAUCUAUUCAUAUUUGAGUUAUGUAGUUAAUUGUAAAAUUUUAACAAAAAUUACUGAAUACUAUCUAAUAAUACGGAUACAGCAAGUUGUCAUAAUGGGGUUGGAAAAAGUCAACUGCAGUACAGAUGGAAGAUCUUCAGAAUAUCUGUAUUCUCCUGAGAUCCUACAAAGAUUGGAUUUUAAAAAGAGUCCGGCUACAUUCAAACCUAAGAUCAGUGCAUCACAACCUGGUGAGGUCUGGAUGGUUGUAAGGCCAUUGCAGCGUUCGGAUUAUGAUAAAGGUUUCCUGCAGCUACUUAGUCAGUUGACUAACGUUGGGAAUAUUUCUAGGAAACUGUUUGAUGAUCGUUUUACGAAAAUGAAGCAAUCCGGCGGCUAUUAUGUAACAGUCAUCGAAGACACACGAAUUGGAAAACUGAUUGGUGCUGCGACACUCGCUAUUGAACAGAAAUUUAUACAUAACUGUUCCUUGCGCGGUCGCCUCGAAGAUGUGGUUGUAAACGACACAUACAGGGGAAAGCAACUAGGCAAACUCAUUGUAGUAACAGUAUCAUUACUGGCUCAAGAGUUAGGUUGCUACAAAAUGUCACUGGAUUGUAAGGAUAAGUUGAUCAAGUUCUAUGAAACACUUGGUUAUAAAAUGGAGCCUGGGAACUCUAAUUCUAUGAACAUGAGGUUUGACGACCCAUCCUGACAAUUAGCCGCUGGGGCAUCCGACCUGCGUUCUAAACUGUAAGUAUACAUAGCAGCCGAGCAGUCCUCACAAUGCUACAUCAGCUUGCAUCACCGAUUCACCUCAUAACAUGAAAUUAGUAUUAUAUUGAACUAACAUUUUAAAAAAU